AUGACUUCACUGUCGGGAUCGAAGGAGAGGUCUGGAAGCAGCAGGAGCAGAAAAUAUGCGGUACCCGACACAUCCCCUACCAAAUCCUCCUCUUAUUUACCAGAGACUUGGUACCGCAAAGUCUAUGAUGAAGGCACCCGCUCUAGCACGCGCCCUGCCCCCGAGGGUGCUGGUUCAAUGCCGAGCUCCACAGGCACCCCAUCCCCUGGCUCUGGGAUCUCUUCUCCCGGAUCGUUCUCUGGAUCGCCGGGGACCAUCUCUCCAGGUAUCGGAACAGGAUCUCCAGGUUCCCUCGGAGGCUCCCCUGGAUUUGGGACUGGAUCUCCGGCUUCAGGUAGCGGGAGCUCCCCUGGCAGUGAAAGAGUCAUCUGGUGUGAGAACUGCAAUGCCAGACUGACGGAGCUCAAGAGACAAGCACUGAAACUGCUUAUCCCUGGGCCAUACUCCAGCAAGGACCCCUCCUUCUCGCUGCUGCUCCAUGACAAACUGCAGGUGCCCAACAGCUCUCGGCGGGCGUGGAACGAGCGCGACAGCCGCUGCGACGUGUGCGCUACUCACCUCACCCAGCUCAAACAGGAAGCAGUGCGUCUGGUCCUCUCCCUCGACCAGUGGGAUCUGUCACCCGCCUCAUCGCCUCCGGCUCUCAUUGGACGAUCUUCGGGAGGACCGGCUUUUUUCCCAUCGUCUGUUUCAUCUGCUGCUGGAUCUUCGUACGCUUCUUCUCAGUCCCCCUCCCCGAGUCCUAAUCACACCCCAACCCCAAGCCCCAUUCACGGACGUUCCUGCAGUCCCCCUGUGGGGCUGAACUCUCCCGGACCAGGGAACAGGCUGGGGUCCAAGCCCAGUUCUCUCGGCCUCAGUGGAGGAGAGAGAAGGAGUGCCUCGCCCAGUUUAGGAAAGGCAGCCAGUCUCCAGCAGCAGCAGAUUGUAGUAAAUAGCUCUGGAUCUAACAGUGGUAAUAGCAGUAAUAAUGGAAGUAAUGCAGUGGCACAGGCCCACCAGCUUCUGAACCGAAGUAAUGGAGGAGUCACACUCUACCCAUAUCAGAUUUCCCAGGUGCUCUCCGAGGCCUCUAGAGAAGACGGGUGUGAAAGCCGCUCCAACACCAGCUCUCCUUCUCACACCAGCUCCUCUCCACACACAAACUCCCCGUCCCACACCUCCACCUCCUCCACCACCUCUGCAGCUGCCUCCUUUUUUGCCAGAGCGGCCCAAAAGUUGAACCUCACAUCGAAGAAAAAGAAGCAGAAGACAGCGGCCGCAGCAGCCCCAGUGACAUCAUUGGCAUCAUGUGACCCACACAUUUUCCCCACUAAUUUUAGCUCAGCCUUACUCAUGGCACCUCCGCCUGCCCCGCCCUGCCUGCUCCGUGCCGCCAACAAGAUCAAAGACACCCCUGGGCUCGGCAAGGUGAAGGUGAUGGUCCGUGUGUGUCCCGUGUCCCAGUCAGAUGAAUCCAGCUCCUUCCUCAAAGUCAACCCCAGUAAGAAACAAAUCACCAUCAUGGACCCGGCGGCCAAUCAAACUGCGAAUACAGCUUCACAGAAAAGGCCCUCAGCCAAUCAGGUUCCUCCGAAGAUGUUCACUUUCGAUGCAGCGUUCCCUCCUGAUGCCUCACAGGCGGAGGUGUGCGCGGGAACGGUUGCCGAGGUGAUUCAGUCUGUAGUGAAUGGAGCAGAUGGCUGUGUCUUCUGCUUUGGACACUCCAAACUGGGGAAAUCCCAUACAAUGAUUGGUCGUGAUGACUCCCUCCAGACUCUGGGUAUCAUCCCCUGUGCAAUCUCCUGGCUCUUUAAGCUCAUCAAUGAGAGAAAAGAGAAGACCGGAGCUCGCUUCUCUGUGCGGGUCUCUGCAGUGGAGGUUUGGGGGAAGGAGGAGAACCUGAAGGACCUUCUUUCUGAAGUGGCCACAGGCAGUUUACAGGACGGACAGUCUCCUGGUGUCUACCUCUGUGAGGACCCCAUCUGUGGCAUGCAGCUCCAGAACCAGUCUGAACUCAGAGCGCCCACCCCAGAGAAGGCUGCCUGGUUCCUGGAUGCGGCGUUAGCAGCACGGCACAGCAGUCAACGUCCUGACACCAGCGAGGAGGAGCAACGCAACUCACACAUGCUGUUCACGCUGCACAUUUACCAGUACCGCAUGGAAAAGACUGGCAAGGGAGGAAUGUCUGGAGGCCGUAGCCGGUUGCACCUGCUGGACCUGGGCAGUUGUGAUGCACGAGUGCUGGAGGGAGGAGGAGGAGGAAAGACCAGGGAGAAUAUGGCUAGCACGGCUCCACUCUGCCUCUCCUUAUCUGCUCUGGGAAACGUCAUCCUGGCACUAGUCAAUGGCAGCAAGCACAUCCCAUACAAGGACAGCAAGCUCACCAUGUUGCUAAGAGAGUCGCUAGGCAACAUGAACUGCCGGACCACCAUGAUUGCUCACAUCUCUGCCUCACCCAGAGACUUCUCAGAAACGCUUUCCACCAUCCAGAUCGCAUCCCGCGUCCUCCGUAUGAAAAAGAAGAAAACCAAAGUAACUGUGCAGUACACGUCCAGUUCGUCUGGAGGAGAGAGCUCGUGUGAAGAGGGUCGUAUGCGUCGACCCACUCACCUGCGGGCCUUCCAUCACCGUGGCGACACAGACUCAGACCUGCCCCUGCUCCGCCUUUCCAGUGACCAGGAUGAGUACUCGAGUAGCGAACAGUCCUGCGAUACAGUGAUCUAUGUGGGACCAAACGGGGCUGCCGUGUCGGACAGAGAACUGACCGACAACGAAGGACCACCUGAAUUUGUGCCAAUUAUUCCAGCGUUACUUCGUGGUAAAACAUUGGAGCAGCAAAACCAAACAGCGGGAGUAGCCAAUAAGGCAGAGAGUCAGGACCAGCCUAGUGCCCCCUCCCACCCACAGUGUGGCCAGUCGCUGCUGGGUCAGCCUCUGCCCCCUGUCCCUGAGGAGGGAGCUGAGUGCCUAAAGUGUAACACAUUUGCAGAGCUGCAGGAGAGACUGGACUGCAUUGAUGGCAGUGAGGAGGUGGCAAAGUUUCCCUUUGAAGAAGUUCCUGUGAACAGACAAGGAGUCAAAUAUGAAGCAUCUGUUAUUUUACUUCAUUAUCUUUCAGAUGGCUCUAAGAGAAGGACAAAUGACCAGCAGCUGCAGGACAUAAAGGAGGUGGUGGAGGAGGCGGAGCUCGCCCAGACCAUGAUCCACAAUCUGACACAGAGGUCCGGAUCCCCUAUCGUCACCUGCACCAGGAGUGUGCCCGGCAGCAGCAGCAGCAGCACCUCCAAUCCUUUGCUCAGGGCCAAGAGCUCCCAGCUACAUGACAGUAGAGAAAAUCUAAAUGGAGGAAGUAAUGGAGAAGGAAAGACCCGCACAUUGGGAUCACCACGCCUGGGCAUUGCCAGUCUGACCAAAACUGCAGAAUACAGACCUCCAGCAUCCCCGUCCCAGCGCUGUAAAGUGUACACACAGAAGUGUGUUAUGCCGACAACCCCCCCUCUCUCCUCCAACACUCUGGCCCAGGACUGCCAGGCCUCAGAGGCACCGGCUGGUCGCUCCUCCACAGAUUCUGUGUUGUCCAGGACUUCUCCUGUCGGCAUGAGUCCACAAGUGAAAGAAACAGCUCCAUCUCUGUCAGCCAGUCUGGGCUCAGCAGAGACGCUGUGUGAUGAUGAUGUGCCCCCGAUACCUCUAGACAUGCAAAAAGACGGUAGCUAUUACUCCAAGUGUUCUUUUUACAGUCAUCCGACCACUGAUAACCAGAUGCAUAGUAAGAAUGAACUGGUGCACACUGAUAGUGAGGCGUACCUCGGUGUUACAACAAUUACAGACAUACAGAAACAUGGUCCAAGCAGCAUUAUUAGCUUCACCAGCGAAGGCGGCUCUCUCACUGGAACAGUAUCCCAAGAGGUCAACGGGGCUGUGCAGGAGUAUCAUGUUCCCUUCACUACCUCAGGGGUCACAGAAGUUGUGGCCAUGGCAGAGGUUGCCAUGGCAAAGUUGCGCGUUGAAGGUGAGGCCUUGGCCACAGUUCUGUCCAGUUGUGCUUCUCCAAUGUCUUCGUGGAUGAGUGAUCUGAGUAUGUGCAGUGAGGCUGACCAGUCUCUCCACAGCUUCAGCCAGUCUCAGAGCCAACAGGGAGAGGCCAUGGCUGAAACUGAACAGAAUGUGACACUUGGAUCAGAUGAAUUGGAACAGACAGAAAAUGAAAGUAAUAAACAAACACCAACCAAAAAUAAGCUGCGCAAGUUGCCUCCACCAAUGACUAAAACUACGAUCCAGACUCUAGUCGGACCAUUUAAAGCUACCAUUAGCGUUCAUCCAUGUGUGGCUGUAAAACCAAUGGUAAUAAAAGAGCCCUCAGUCCUCUCCUCACCAGUCAAAGGCAGUCUAAUUAAAGAGCCCAUCAAAUGCAGCACACCACUCAGCGGCUGUGUGUCCAGUGAGAUGAGCUUUGAAGAUCCCUGGUUAAAACGUGGCUUUGAAGAAGGCACAUCCACCGACCUUGUCUGUGAAGUGAAGCCUGAAAAGAGGGAAGCAGAGCAUUCACAAGUCAACCAGAGUGGUCAUCAGAACACUUUUGGGAGUGACGUUGUGCUGUCUCCAGAUUCCAUUAAACGAGUAGGGGAUGGUUGUGAGAUUAUGGCAGUUGUUGCUCAGGGCGACUGCCUCACCACUAUCUACAACCCAGACAUUCACCAGACGGCCAGUCUGCCACGUGGAUGGCAUCGCAUCAACCGCCAUGAUGGUUUAGACUACACUGAGUACAGAAAUCUCAGUGUAACUUCCUCGACUCCCUGCAGCCCUCGUGCAACACUUGACAGGCGGGGGUCCAAUGGAAAAAUUGGCUUUUUCUCACAAAAAAGAGGGGGAAUCCCUCCUCUGCCACCAGUGCGCAAAUCCAGUCUAGAUCAGAGGAACCGAGCUGCCAGCCCCCUUCAUCAGCCUGGGACAGCUCUCCAGGAUGAAGCAUGUAUUUCUGCUGGUGUUACGAGGCAGCGUGGUGCGAGCAUCGACAGCAGCAGACUCUUUAGUGCCAAACUGGAACAGCUCGCCACACGGACCAACUCUCUGGGCCGCACGGGGUCCCACAGCGGCACAUACCAUUAUGAAUGUUUCUCUCUGGAGAGGGGGGAGAGCCUCCGAGCAGGAGCCAGAGGGGACAGUGUCAUGCCUAGAACUGGCCGCAGCCUCAUGCGCACUGGAUCACUGUCAUCAACAGGCACCACUAGCCCAAGUUUUACUCCCCUCCUGGGGCCAAGCAGCGCUCCCCAGUCACCAGCUAAAACCAGCAGCCAGUCAAAAAUCUCUGCUGUCAGUAAGCUGCUAAUGACCAGCCCCAAAGGCCGCAGUCUGUCUGCAUCAACCACAAAAACACUGAGUUUCUCCACAAAGUCUUUAAGCACUUCUAGCAGUCGCAGCUCCAGCCUUCCACCCAAUGGAAAGGCUCCAAAUCCACCAACCCCAGGGCCUGUUCAACAGCAGGGUCCCACUCUUGGGUCCUGGACCACACAGUCUUUGAGCCGCAGUCGAGGGGGAGGUCUGGCUGCUAAAUUGCCCCUUAGAGCAGUCAACGGGCGCAUCUCUGAGCUGCUCCAGGGCAGUGCAGGCUCCCGGGCCAGGCCACAAGCCCAAGGAGGAGGCCCCGAGCCUGCAGAGGACAAGACCACUGCUGGGGCAAAUGGGACAACAGUGAGUUCUGGCCCAGGAGAAGAGAGACCUUCUGGAGUUCAAACCUUACCCUCUCCGUACAGCAAGAUCACAGCUCCCAGAAAACCACACCGCUGCAGCAGUGGCCAUGCCAGUGACAACAGUAGUGUGCUGAGUGGAGAACUGCCCCCAGCCAUGGGUAAGACAGCCCUGUUUUACCACAGCGGGGGCAGCAGUGGCUAUGAGAGCAUGCUCCGAGACAGCAGUGAGAACACCGGGAGCGCCUCUUCUGCCCAGGACUCUCUAAGCGACCACAGCACUGCCACCUCCUCAUCGAGGCGGAGCUCCAAAAGCAGCAAAAAGUGCCGCAGCAACACAGGUCUCCAACGCAGGCGUCUGAUCCCAGCUCUCACCUUGGACUCGGCCUCUCUCUCCCCAUCGCACCGUUCGUCCAAGCAGGGCAUCACCUCCUCUUCCUCUUCCUCCUCCAGCCCAGGUGCAUGCUGGGUAGACGGACCACUGGGACCACCGGCCUCGACUAACCACCGCGUCCCAUCAGCUACAGCCGAGACCUUCGAGAUCAAGGUUUAUGAGAUAGAUGAUGUGGAGCGACUGCAGAAGAGGAGAGACAGAGGAGGCAGCAAGGAGGUGGUGUACGUGAGUGCCAAGCUGAAAAAGCUGGAGAACAGGCAGCAGCGAAUCAGUGAGGUCAGAGCCAAGUACCAGUGUCUGAAGAAAGAGCUGGAGCAAACUAAACAACACCUGAUGUUAGAGCCGCACAAAUGGACCACAGAGUUUGAACUGCAGCAGGUCUAUGAGGUGGACUCACUGGAGUAUCUACAAGCGCUUGAGAUUGUGACAGACCGACUGGAGACCAGAGUUAACUUCUGCAAAGCACACCUCAUGAUGAUUACAUGCUUUGAUGUUUCAUCCAAACACCGGUAGACCAGAGACAAAUGGUAAAACGUAACAGAACAUUUCCAUUACACAAAGCAAUGAAUUCAGUGUAGUUUCAUUUAAAGUGACCAAGGCCAUACACAUUUGCUCUGAUGUGUGGGAACAUUACAACUUCAAUGCAUCAUUCUCUGCUGGAAAUGAUUAGAAGAACAUCGAGGAGCUAUUACAAAAAUGUGGGCCACAGUGUAAAGAACAAAACUGCCAUUUUUGUCAGAACUUGGUGAAAGAGACAAAAGGAGGACAGUUGAUCCCAUCCUUUUGGAAGCGUGUUUUCUACAGUUUGUGAGGAAAUGUUGGGUCCAGAGACACUUCGACUAAGACAUUUCUUUUGUUGCUGCAAACAAACCCAGCCAAUAGAAAGCAAGGAGGAAAUGAAUGAUCAAAAAUAAGUGCCUUGUGACCUUUAGUCUCUUUGUGUAAAUGCGCAACCUCUGUAUGGUGCUAGCAUUACUUAUGAAAAAAUGCAGCCAUUUUAAUGUGAUGUUUUCCUGAGUCAGUGUUUCUAUAUGAAAUCUAAUAAUAAAUGGGGUAUUGUACAUGGACAAAAUGCAGUUUUCCAAUACCCAAGAGGUGUUUAUUAAAAGUUUUGUGAUGUUUUUACCUUGAAUUCGUUCACAAAUGGAGCACUACUGAGUUUUCGAUCCUCGCCGGCUUACAUACACUUACAGUGUUCUCUCCUUAAGUCCCUGGUGCUUUUGUGAUUGCUUUUCUGUGUUUACAAAGCAAUGAAAUGUGUCAAUCACUUAGUGCAGGAGCUGAAGGUAAAACGUUUUCUGAAUUUAGUGUUGAGCACAUUCAUCGACAGACUGUCUGUUAUUUGUACUGUGUUGUUCCACUUCUAAAAGAACGUGAAUGAUGUGUCAAGUGUGUGUUUUGUAAUAAGAAAUAUUCAUCUUUCUGAGUGCAAUGGGACCUUGUAGAGACUAUGCCAAUCAUGAUAUAGUAGAAAAAUGGAUAUAGGGUAUGAAAAUGAGCCAAAUAAAUAAAUGGGGUACUGCAAUUUUGAGAAAUAUAACGAUUCA